UUAAGUAUUAAUCACACAUGAUCAACACGCUAUUUUCACUAACCUCACAUUGAGCUUGUGAAAAAGAGCACCUGCAAAUCUCUCAGGGGUCAAUUGCCUGCAAAUACCUGCAUGCUGCAGGACUCCACAAGUACACCAAACUGUUGUCUUAUACACAGCAGGUGAGGUAUCUCAGCUUGGCUUCUCACAACCAAACUGCUUCCAUCGCCCUCAUUUUCAUCCUGGAAAGGAUGCUCUAGGCAGCAGGGAAGUUGUAGCAAAAGUCUUGCACAACAACAUUACCAAAACAUUGCAUAACAGAGCUGGGCAGAAGCCCAGUAAGGAUGAUUUUUAGCACAGUGAAGAGGACUUACAUUAUUUCUUAAUUGCACAUCAGAAGGGUGACCAUAAAUAAACCCGUUUAACAGACUUUCUGGUUCAACUUACAGUGCAUAAUUGGCACCUAGUGGCAGGCAGGACAGCCCACACCAUCACUUACCAGUUCUGGCCUCCCGCGAUGCGUGCUCUGGAAAAGGCAAGUUCACAUGAGGAUAGUCUUACUCUAAUCCUGGAGUCACUUGCCCUGUAGUUACAUCCGCUUUGAGACACAACUUUUUAGCUGCAGCCCUGGAUCACCAACUUAAGUACACUGCAAAUGGACGCUCAGGGGCUUUAUAAAGCAAAAGGGUGACCAUGCAGUGGGUGAACAUCUUCUCUGCACACCCAGCUGUGCUUCAAAGAGCCAGAAGAAUGAAAGUCACCUCUUCUACCAAACAAAUAACAUAGAGACUGUAGUUAGACAGGCAAGAGGGCCAGGAUGACCAACAGGACACAAUCCUCGCUGGACUGAGCCCCCCAGGACCGACAGCUCUCCCCACUGCUCCAGAGGAAGAGUAUCUUCCAGCUUCAGCAAGCUAUUUCCCACCAGAUGGUGCCAGCUGGUCGCAGUCACAUGCCAUUAUCCAGGACAGGAUUUUGCACCAGCUAACUUGUCUCCCUGCCCUCUGAAGCAAACCAGUGUCACGCAUGCCCAGCCCAGCCCAGCUCGGGAGCGCUGCAGCUCCUGGUGAAGGAGGGCCAGAGUGUCAUUGCCACACAGGGCAGGCUAUGGCUGGGAAGGAGGUGGCGGUGCUGUGGCUGUUGGCUGUGCUGGGCUGUGGGUCUGGGGGGAAGGUGUUGGUCUGGCCGGCUGACAACAGCCACUGGCUGAACAUGAAGUACAUACUCCAGGAGCUUGUGGUCCGGGGCCAUGAGGUGACUGUGCUGCUGCCUUCGUGCUUCCUCAUCCUUGACCCCACACAGCCUUCACCCUUCCAGUUCGAGGUCGUUGAGGUGCCGAUCACCAAAACAGAGAUGGCUACUAUACUGGAAGAAGCUUUCUAUUUUUGGUUUUACCAGGAGAGAGUGAUACCUGUCUGGGAAAGUCUUUACAAGAUAGCUCAACUGGUGCACAAGCUGGAAAAUGUAACCAAAAUCAUUUGUGAUGAAGUCCUGAAGAAUGAGGCGCUGCUGGAGAGACUGAGAGCAUCCAGCUUCGAUGUCCUCUUGGCAGACCCACUGUCACCCAGUGGGGAGCUGUUUGCUGAGAAGCUGGGUAUCCCCUUUGUGUACACCAUCCGGUUCUCCAUAGGCAAUACCGUAGAGAGGCUCUGUGGGACACUCCCAGCACCUCCUUCCUACGUACCAGCCACUGUAAGCUGCCUAACAGAUCGGAUGACUUUCCUGGAAAGGCUAAAAAACAUCCUCACCUACACUGUGCAGGACAUCGUAUACCAUUACCUUUUCUGGGGAAGUUGGGAUCAAUACUACAGUGAUGUUUUAGGAAGGCCCACAACCCUGUGUGAGACGAUGGGGAAAGCAGAGAUAUGGUUAAUCAGAACAUACUGGGACUUUGAAUUUCCACGCCCUUUCCUGCCCAACUUUGAGUUUGUUGGAGGACUUCAUUGCCAGCCUGCAAAGCCACUAUCAAAGGAAAUGGAAGAAUUUGUUCAAAGCUCAGGGGAACAUGGCAUCGUGGUAUUCUCUCUCGGGUCAAUGGUCUACAACCUAACUGAUGAAAAAAGUAAUUUGAUUGCCAGAGCCCUCAGCCAGCUUCCACAAAAGGUCAUCUGGCGGUACAAAGGAACAAAACCAGAAACUCUGGGCUCCAACACCAGAAUUUAUGACUGGAUACCCCAGAAUGACCUACUUGGCCACCCCUUGACGAAGGCCUUUAUCACUCAUGGUGGCACCAAUGGGAUCUAUGAAGCUAUCUACCAUGGGAUCCCGAUGGUUGGGAUUCCCCUGUUUGCUGACCAGUAUGACAACAUUGCUCAUAUGAGGGCGAAGGGAGCUGCAGUUCAGCUGGACUUCAGCACACUGAAGACGCAGGACCUAGUUGAUGCACUGAAUACAGUCAUUAACAAUUCCACCUAUAAGGAAAAUGCUCUAAGGUUAUCAAAGAUACACCAUGACCAGCCAGUUAAGCCUCUGGACAGAGCUGUCUUCUGGAUUGAAUUUGUCAUGCGUCACAAAGGAGCAAAGCACUUGAGACCAGCUGCUCACCAUCUCACCUGGUACCAGUACCACUGCCUGGAUGUUCUGGCAUUCUUGUUCACCUGUGCAGCCACUGCUAUCUUCAUUCUUGUCAAGUGCUGCUUAUUUUGCUGUAGGAGAUGUGGCAGGAUUGCGAAGAGGAAGAAAGAAUAGACAUCCUGUUCCCACCAGCACUUUUUCUUCUCCUAGGCUGAUUCAGCAAGGCAUUUAUGCACGUUCUUUGGUGAAUAAAAUUAUUAGGUUGCGCUUUAAGCUGGACAUAUCAUGAAACACCCUGUUGAACUGGAUCAUGCUAAAAAGCUGUUGUGGGCAGAGCUGCUUGCUUAGCCAGCAAAUUCCUUCUGGCCUAAAUAAGAUUGAAUUAUAGUUGCUUUAUCCCUUGGGACCCUGUUAGCUGAUCACACACAGCCCCUAGAACGGUAAUUCCUGCUCUAACUUUUCAAAUUCGUUUUAGUAUAUUUCAUAAAUCCAGCCUUCCCAUUUGUGGUACUCUGGGUCUCUCAAUCUGCAACUAGUCUCUUUACCUUAACUGCGUCCUUUUCUGUAAUGUCACCCAGGCUUGACCAUUCACAACCAAAAUGUCUCUCCUGUCAGAACAGCUCUCUCUAGAUUGCAAAGUGAAGCUAAGAUCAUAAGCUCCUAAAAAGCACUCAUCUGAAUGGCCAAGAUCGUGAAAAACUGGGAGCUGCAAGUGGCUGUAUCAUCACAUUCUCACAAAUGCACUAAUUACUUGGGGGCUGACGGGAAACCAGACCCUAAAAACAGCAGAGAAAUUACUUUUUUGAGAACCACUUCUCUUUUCCAUUCAGUGGAGUCCUGCUCCAUAGGUCAUCAUUCUAACUGCAACACUACAGGGGUGUGAAAACCACCUCUGUCAGUAACUUGCCCAUCUUAACCCCCAAAUGCCUCUGAGCCAUGCUAACUAGUAAACGCAAAAAAACCUCUAGAGAUGGAACUUGCAAAGUACUAUUACAUGUGAGAUCAAUGCAAUAGUCACUUGCCUUGCCUGAAAGUUGUGAGGGGAAAUAAUGCUGUUCUUGGCUCAGAUAAGAAGGGUAGUAAAUGCAGCACUCCUGAAACUGUUCCAGGUGCAUUUACUGAUGAAAGCCUAAUAAAAUGCCAGUUCAGACCUCAUGCUCUAGGUAAGGUAAUUCCACUGCUGUGCCAGCUUACUCAAGAAAAAACCUGCCAUAAUUUUAACUGAUAUUUGCUGUAUCUUGGAUGCUGCAGAAUUGUUUUCAAACAGAACAGGCUGAGAAAAUAUAUUCGUUUACAUAAUAAAAUUCCCUACCCUACAUUAACUUUUUUAUUAGCAUUGUCAAGAGUUUCAACAUCUGCUUAAAUCUCUUCAUACUACAACAUUUACAAAAGCUCAUGUAAGUUGCUUCCAAACUAAAGAGGGUUAGAACAAGACUAGUGGUUCUCACGGUAACUUUUGGUACACUCGUUCUGUGGUCAUGAUGGGAUCCUAUGCAGGCAUAUGCAUAUGGAAAUAUACACGGUGAACAGAAAGUGGAACAGCACGACAUUCAGGCCGCAGAUCUGAAAGGUUUUGCUGUAACCAUUUGUAGAACUCGUUCCCUAGGCACAGCUCCAUGAAGCUUGAUCACUAGCAGUCCCCAUCAUCCAGCUUCUGCAAGCAGAAGGUUUGCUGAGAUGUCAAGUUGGUCUGCCAGAAGGCCAGUAAGCCUCCUAGCAUACUGCAUAGACACUGGUCAGACAGGGCUAACAAAAGACACAGGAAACAAGAUAGCUGGGAAAAGUUGGACAGAGAAAGUGCUCUGCAGUCACUUUAAGGAGUUGCUUUUUUUCCUAACUUACUCAGAGAAGUCUGGCUUACCUAGUAUUGAAUUUAAAAAGUAAAAAAGAAAACCAACCAAAACCCCCUCUUCUUUCUAGAAUCUGUACAUAAAGCAGAGAAAGGUAACAAAGAAUGAAGGUGGUCUAUGAUGCAUUUCUCCAAUUAGACCCAGUAUGUGUACCAAAUUUGACAGGCUGAUCUAAUCCUACUGCUAAUAGGCAUACUGCUCAGUGCAUGGUAAACUGUUUUGAGGAAUGCAAACAUAAGUUCAACUUCUUGUAGUGUUUAAAAAAAUCCCAACGUGCUUGCAGGAAGUAAAACAUUUUGCUUAGCACCUGUAGAUGUUUACUAUAGUUUUGUAGACUGAAAUAUACAGAGCCCAAAUUAUUGUCUGAUCUAAAAAUCAUGCGUUUCCACAACUGCCACACCGUGGCCAAUCCUAUAUUGCAGUUCAUAAAAACAGCUACAGCACUCGGCACUGGUGAGUUGGUGGUCUUUACAGCACAUGCCACAAUCUGGCUUUGUUACAUAGAAGACACUGAAGAAAGGUUAUGAAGAAGUCCACUG